AUGCCACCGAGAUUACUCGUACGCAAUGCCAUUGGCGCCGUCGCCUGCGGCCGCCUCCCGCCGCCCACACACAUCUCCUCCCUGACGGCCUGCCUCGCCAACCUGUCGAUGCAGCCGCCGCAGCGACCCUCGCGACGACCCGUCUCCAUCCUCGCCAACCUGACGCCCAACAAGGGCGCCGUCAAGGACCGCAAGCGCAUCGGACGCGGUCCGUCCUCCGGCCACGGCAAGACGUCCGGACGCGGCCACAAGGGCCAGGGCCAGCACGGCCACGUCCGGCCCUGGUUCCAGGGUGGCCAGACGCCGCUGAUCGUCAAGCACGGCCGCAAGGGGUUUAACAACUGGCGUGCACCUCAACUCUCCACCGUCAACCUCGACCAGAUCCAGUCCUGGAUCGACCAGGGCCGCCUCGACCCGACACAGCGCAUAACACCCAAGGAGCUCAUCGAGAGCGGCCUCGUCGGCAGCGUCAAGGACGGCGUCAAGGUGCUGUCGCGCGGCGCCGCGUGCCUGCGCCAGCCCGUUGACGUCAUGGUCAGCCGCGCCUCCGCCGCCGCCAUCGCCGCCAUCGAGGCCGCCGGCGGCAAGGUCGUCACGCGCUACUACACCAAGCUCGCCAUCCGCCGGCUGCUGACCGGCGAGUCGGUCAACACGGACGAGCCGCUGCCGGUCGGAAAGGAGCACGUGGAGGGCGUGCUGGAGCGCGCGAGGGGCUUCCGCUAUCGGCUGCCCGACCCGACGGGCAGAGAGGACAUGGAGUACUACAGGGACCCGGCGCACAGGGGCUACCUUAGCGGCCAGCUCAAGCCGGGCGAGUCGCCGAGUCUCUACUUCAAGGUGCCCGGCAAGGAGAAGAUCAAGAGCACCAAACAGAAGAAGGUGGUGGAGGAGACCAUGUGGUAG